AUUAGGUGAACUUAUUGUUAGUUAAUUAAAGUAUAAGAUAAUGCUCCUUAACAUAAUUCAUAUACAUAUUGGGUGUUCUCAUUAAUUUUUUUUACACUCCAUUGUAUAUUUGUAUAUUUAUUUUUUGAAAUUUUUUUCUACUCAUAUCAGAUUGAAACUUCUCCCAGAUCAGUCCGAUCCGUGGGCUUCUUAACAUGUCACAAAUUCACAACAGUCCAAUGCAACACCGCAAAAGAGUAAAGCCCAACCUUUCUUCAAAAACAACCUACCAAAAAACACACUAAAAUUGAAAUUUCCCGGUUUCUGAGUAAAAACUUCUAAUUUCUGGAAAUUCGAUUUCAAUGGCGUCGUCGUCUUCAUCAUCACCAUCUUCGUCAACAGAAAACCUGCUGAAAACCCUAACUACUAGAGGUUGGUGUUUCAAUGACCUCAACCUUGAUCAAGUUCGAGCAAUCAUCACCGUUAAUUCCGCCAUCAACGGUGAUUCCUUCUUCGUCAAUUCCUUGGAAUCCGAGCUCUGUAAUGUUGAUUUGCGUUCAAUUGGUGGUAAAUCAUUGCCUGAUUCUUCUCUCCUUCGCAAGUCGUCUCAGUUUAUUCAACCUCCUAAAGUUCUUCAGAUAGCUUCAGUGAAGGAUAUAAGUAGGAGCAGUGAGGUGCUUGGUUAUAAGGGUUCGAGCGACCGGAGGCUUCUGAAGUUGAUUUUGACUGAUGGACAAUCUGAAGUUACUGCUGUGGAGUAUUCUCCUAUACCGGCAUUGUCCGAAAACACUGUCCCUGGAACCAAGGUCCGUUUAGAAAAGAAAGUGGUGGUACACUAUGGUAUCGUGUGCCUUACUCCGGAUGUAAUUACUGUACUAGGAGGAGUUGUGGAAUCAUUGUAUGAAGAGUGGCAGAUGAACCUGAAGUAUUCAGGUUUUGCCCGCUCCUCUCUGAGGCUAGGCCGAGAAGGUGAUGCUGGUGGCCCCCCACCGUUUGAGAAAUUGAAGAUUGGAGGGCCUAACCUUGGUUUUUCUCGUACCGCGGCAUCAGCUUCCAGGAAUACCAGAGCUACUGUUGCCAAAUCUUCCAGAGAAACUGAUGUCCGGCAGGUGGAACAAAAGCAACCCCCUAAUGCUAUAGCUGAUGAUGCAGAUGCUAAUCUGAAAACUGGUUCAAUUUCCCAGAGAGCUGAAGAAAAGCCAACGAGCUCUGAUACUAGACCAAAAGAAGUGACUGAGUACAUCCCUAUUCAGAAUCAAGCAGCUGCACAAAAACUCCUGCAAAAAAUGAAUAAUCCAAACCAUGGCAAUGAAAGACAUAGAGGUUCAAGGUACAAGGGAAGGGGGUAUGAAGAAGAGAAACAGGUUUUCACUCUAGAAGAGUGGGAAAGGAGAAAAGCCGAGGGAAAUCCAGCAGCUAGGAAAGAACCACUUGAUCUCAGUCAUGACGAGGCUCUUGCUCGACAACUUCAAAACCAGUUUAAUUUGGAAGAACAGGAGCAGCGGGGUCCUCAGAGAAGCAAGGCAGAAGAUAUAAGGUUGAGCAUGUUCAGUUUUGAAAAAGACGAAAGUGGAGAUCAAGGAAUGUCUGGUUCAAGAGGGAGGGGAAGAGGGAGAGGAGGGGGCAGGGGUAGGGGUAGAGGAAGGGGCAGGGGUAGAGGGAGAGGGAGAGGUUGAUGACGCUGUCUCUCUCUGAUCUUUUUUUUUUUCUUCCUGUGUUAGUUUAUACUCCGUACAGCAACUCUUAGUCGCUUACAAAGUCUGUUUUUGAGUUCUUUUCUGGUUUUCCCUUAAAAAGGUUGUAACUAUCCUGGGGUGUAAUCUACAGCCAAUCACUAUUAAACUAUGUAACCCUUUUUAUCAAUAGAUAUACUCCGUAUAUUUUUUUAAAA